AUGUCACCCAUGCGACUGAAGACGUUGCGUCCGACCAAGGGCGAGCCCAACUUGCAGCUGCUCAAGCGCAUCAAUGGCUACGCUCUUCCUGGCACGAUCACGGCGCUCAUGGGUUCGUCUGGCGCGGGCAAGACCACCUUGAUGGACGUCAUCGCCGGUCGCAAGACGGGCGGCAAGAUCGAAGGUCAGAUUCUCCUCAACGGGUACCCGGUCACGGACCUCGCGGUGCGUCGUGCGACGGGCUACUGCGAGCAGAUGGACAUUCACUCGGAAGCAGCGACGUUCCGCGAGGCGCUCCAGUUCAGUGCGAUGCUUCGCCAGUCGAACGAUCCACUGUGA